CCCGCGAAGACCAAGUCUGUGCACGCGCCGUCUAUAUGAGCUGUAUAGAGAGUCAGCUCUCUGUGUUUUGAGACACAGCCUGUGUAGGUCACAGCUCAGUGUCACCACUGAGGUGGCUGUUAUUCCUGUGGAUUUCAGGCUGAAGUCGGACACACUUUAGAGGAAGGACAGCGGUUUUGAAAAAGGGAAUAUUUCACAUCGAGGGAAUCUGUCACCGCUAACCGGGAUAAUCUGUCGCUUCUGUGUCCAUAAAGGCAUCUUUUCUUGCCGGACUUACAGAUAAUAGCUGCGGUGUAGCUACGGGCUGCAAUGGAGGAUGGGAGGCCUGUGUGGGCGCCCCACCCAACUGACGGGUUCCAGUUGGGCAUGAUAGUGGAUAUCGGUGCGGAUGCCCUCACCAUAGAACCUCUCAAUCAGAGAGGAAAGACAUUCCUGGCACCCAUCAGUCAAGUCUUUCCUGCUGAGGACGAUGUGAACAAACAUGUUGAAGACAAUUGUUCUCUUAUGUAUUUAAAUGAGGGCACUCUUCUAAACAACAUCCGUGUUCGUUACAGCAAAGACUUGAUCUAUACGUCUGUGGCUAACAUCCUGAUUGCUGUGAACCCGUAUUUCGACAUCCCUAAACUCUAUUCCCCAGAGACCAUUAAGAGCUAUCAGGGACGCUCUUUGGGGACACUUCCCCCUCAUGUCUUUGCUGUUGCGGAUAAAGCCUACAGAGACAUGAGGGUUCUGAAGAUGAGUCAGUCCAUCAUUGUGUCCGGUGAAUCGGGUGCUGGAAAAACAGAAAACACAAAGUUUGUUCUCAGGUAUUUAACCACAUCUUAUGGGACAUGUCAAGAUAUAGAUGAGAGGAUUGUUGAGGCCAACCCCUUGCUUGAAGCCUUUGGAAAUGCAAAGACGGUCAGGAACAAUAACAGCAGCCGGUUUGGAAAGUUUGUGGAAAUUCACUUUAAUGAGAAGAAUGCAGUCGUGGGGGGAUUUGUCUCGCACUAUCUGCUGGAGAAGUCUCGGAUUUGCAUGCAGAGCGCAGAAGAGCGAAACUAUCACAUAUUUUACAGACUUUGCGCUGGGGCAUCGGAGGACGUCAGGAACAUGCUUCACCUCAACUCUCCGGACAACUUCCGGUAUUUGAAUCGCGGCUGCACCCGAUACUUUGCAAACAAGGAUUCAGAUAAACAGAUCAUGCAAAACAGGAAAAGUCCUGAGCAUGGGAAGGUGGGUGCCCUGAAGGACCCUCUGCUGGAUGACCUGGGGGACUUCAACAGGAUGGUGGUGGCCAUGAAGAAAAUCGGCCUGGAUGACACAGAGAAGCUCAAUCUCUUCAGAGUGGUGUCUGGUGUCCUUCAUCUCGGCAAUAUCGACUUUGAAGAGACAGGAAGCACCUCUGGUGGCUGCAUUUUGAAGAACCAGACCAGUCAGACUCUUGAAUACUGUGCCGAGCUCCUGGGCCUGGACCAGGACGACCUGAGAGUCAGCCUCACCACCAGGGUCAUGCUCACCACUGCAGGGGGCGCCAAAGGCACAGUCAUCAAGGUGCCUCUGAAGGUGGAACAGGCCAACAAUGCCCGCGAUGCCCUCGCCAAAGCCGUUUACAGCCGGCUCUUUGAUCAUGUGGUCAAACGGGUCAACCAGUGCUUCCCCUUUGAUACGUCCUCCAACUUCAUCGGUGUGCUGGACAUCGCUGGCUUUGAGUAUUUUGAGCACAACAGCUUCGAGCAGUUCUGCAUCAACUAUUGUAACGAAAAGCUGCAGCAGUUUUUUAAUGAACGCAUACUGAAAGAGGAGCAAGAGCUGUAUCAGAAAGAAGGCCUGGGAGUAAAUGAAGUUCAUUAUGUAGAUAAUCAGGACUGCAUAGAUCUGGUUGAGGCAAAGCUGGUGGGUAUCUUGGAUAUUCUUGAUGAGGAGAACCGUCUUCCCCAGCCCAGUGAUCAGCACUUUGCAGAGGUGGUUCACAGCAAGCACAAAGAUCACUUCCGCCUCACCGUUCCCAGGAAGUCAAAGCUUACAAUCCACCGGAAUUUGAGAGAUGAUGAAGGAUUCAUCAUAAGACAUUUUGCUGGCGCUGUGUGCUAUGAGACUACCCAGUUUGUAGAGAAGAAUAAUGAUGCCCUCCACAUGUCUUUGGAGAGCCUGGUGUGCGAGUCGAAGGACAAGUUUGUUCGGGAUCUCUUUGAGAACAACUCCAAUUCCAAGGACUCGAAGCAGAAGGCUGGCAAACUCAGCUUCAUCAGUGUGGGAAACAAAUUCAAGACCCAACUGAACCUUCUACUGGAAAAGCUACGCAGUACGGGAUCUAGUUUUAUCCGUUGUGUUAAACCUAAUCUGAAGAUGGUGAGCCACCAGUUUGAAGGAGCUCAGAUUCUUUCUCAGCUUCAGUGCUCGGGCAUGGUAUCAGUGCUGGACCUGAUGCAGGGUGGCUUCCCCUCCCGAGCGCCGUUUCACGAGCUUUACAACAUGUACAAGCAGUACAUGCCCAACAAGCUCACAAGGCUUGAUCCUCGACUCUUUUGCAAAGCUCUGUUUAAAGCACUUGGCCUCAACCAGAAUGAUUACAAGUUUGGCUUGACCAGGGUUUUUUUCCGCCCUGGGAAGUUUGCAGAGUUUGACCAGAUCAUGAAGUCUGAUCCGGAGCAUCUGGCCGAGCUUGUAAAGCGUGUCAAUAAGUGGCUGGUGUGCAGCCGCUGGAGAAAGGUCCAGUGGUGCACACUGUCAGUUAUUAAAUUGAGGAACAAAAUGAGCUUCAGGGCCAGUGCCUGCAUCAAGAUUCAGAAGACUGUUCGCAUGUGGUUGUGCAAAAGAAGACACAAGGCUCGCAUUGAUGGCAUGGUAAAGGUGAAUAAUUUGAAGAAGAGGAUGGAGAAAUUCAAUGAGGCUGUGAAUGGACUCAAAGAGGGAAAACAAGAAAUGAGCAAACAGGUCGAGGAACUGGCCGCCUCCACCGACGCCCUCAUGACCAAAAUCAAGUCUACGGUGAUGAGCCGCAAGGAGAUCGAGCAGGAGUAUGAGGGCCUGGUGAAACGCUCAGAGCAGCUCCUCUCCUCAAUGCAGAAGAAGAAGCAGGAGCAGGAGGAGACGGAGCGACUCAAGCACAUCCAGGAGGAGAUGGAGAGAGAGCGGAAUAGGCGCGAAGAAGAGGAGCAGUUACGCAAACAGGAGGAAGAAGACCGCCGCAUGAAAGCCGAGAUAGAGCAGAAGAGGAAGCAGGAGGAAGAGGAGAGAAAGAAAAGAGAAGAGGAAGAGCGAGUCACGCAGGCUGAACUUGAGAUACAGCUGGCAUUGGAGCGAGAAGAAGAGACUCAGAGACAGACCAUAAUGGAGCAGGAGAGGAGGGACAGAGAGCUGGCCAUGAGGAUCGCUCAGAGCGAGGCAGAACUCAUCCAGGAUGAUGCUCAAAUGGACCCCAGCUUGCGCAGGGGUGUGCAGGCGCAGGCCAACAAGGUGACAGCCGGGGUAAAGAAGUACGACCUGAGCAAGUGGAAGUACGCUGAGCUGCGAGACGCCAUCAACACCUCCUGUGAUAUAGAGUUGCUGGCAGCGUGCCGAGAAGAAUUUCAUCGUCGUCUGAAGGUGUACCAUGCCUGGAAAUCAAAGAACAAGAAGCAAAAUACAGACACAGAGAUGAGGGCUCCUAAAUCAGUCACUGACUAUGCCCAACAGAACCCCUCUCCACCCGUCCCAGCCCGGCAGCAAGAGACCGCGAUGAACCGACAGCAGCGUUACUUCCGCAUUCCCUUCAUACGACCCGCGGACCAGUACAAAGACCCCCAGAACAAGAAAAAAGGCUGGUGGUAUGCUCACUUUGAUGGGCCCUGGAUCGCCAGGCAGAUGGAGCUUCACCCAGACAAGCAGCCCAUCCUCUUGGUAGCAGGUAAGGACGACAUGGAGAUGUGUGAGCUGAGUCUGGAGGAGACGGGGCUCACGCGAAAACGUGGAGCGGAGAUCCUCCCGCGGCAGUUUGAGGAGAUCUGGGAGCGCUGUGGCGGAAUCCAGUACCUGAGGAACGCCAUCGAAAGCAAGCAGGCCCGACCCACCUACGCCACCGCCAUGCUCCAGAACCUUCUCAAGUGAACACCGACCGUCUCUCCUCUUGGUUUACAUGAUCUAUGCACGUGUAGAUGUAGACGGGAAAGUGGUGUAGCUAAAACAAAAGGCUGUGCAACUCUAGUGGACGCAAACCCUGUCUAAUUUACUUUGUGUUUGUAGUUUGUUCUUCAUUUUGCUGUGAACUUAGAAAUCAGUCUUCACACAAAUCUGAGCCUUGCUUGAACCUGUUGCUCAGAGAUGCCUUAAGAUUUUCAGACCUAGUUCAUAAUGCAAAGGGAUGUUAUUGAAAUAUCACACCCAUGUAAACCUGCUCAUAAAUCUGAAAUACACUAGGUGUUAUUGUUAUAAAAGGACAUUACAGUGUGUAGCGAUAGCCAGUUCUGUUAAACUACACCACAAAGCCUUUGUACUCUUUCAGUCGCAUUAUUGGUAAUGUGAUCUGUGUCAUUUGUUGCAUGUUAAAAUAUGAUAACAAGGCAUUCCCCUAAAAAUUGCUUUUGAGCAUCCUGACCAACCCAUGCAACAUUGGCUCAACCAAUGGCGUGGGUUUAAGGGCGGGACUAUCCAUUCAUUUGACAAAUGGCAACUGGAGGCACUUACUUCAGCUUUUAAAAUAAAAUUCUCUCUCAAGACUUAAAUGGUCAUUACGUUAAAUAACAAUUGAAAGUAUCUUUAAUCUAAUCAGAUGGUGGUGGUAAAGGUUAAUGAGGAACAUGAACUGGAAUAUCAUUAGGUUGUAAUAUUUUCUCGCACUGUGUACAUGUGGUAAUAAUGGCAGUGUUGUUUCCAAAAACUACACCAUCUGAAAUUGCCUUUACAUAUAUUUGAUAUAGAAUUUUAUAAAAGCAGCUUCAGUUCAUAAAAAGGGGAUAGCCACUUUUUUGUACUUAAAUCAUGGUGAUAUGCUAAAAGGCAUAUCAAUUUCUGUUCAGUGAAGUAAUAAUGGCACCUUUGUUAAUGAUUUGCUGUGAAUUUUCUUGGUGUUUGUGGUAGAUUUCUCUCAUUUGAAAACAUUUAUGUACCAACUCAAGGAGAAAUGUAUUUAAAUGAGCUUGUACUCUGACAUGUGUCUCGUUAUGGCCCUUUCUUAUCUCAUUUGGUAACAACUGCCUGAAGAAUGGAAGCAAUGGAAACAGCAGAGAUCCUAAACAUUCUGGAAACUUGAGACAGACCAAAUUGCUGCAUUUGAUCAAUUUGCUGUCAUUAUCCAGACUUUGUUUAUUCAUAAGCUAAUGUUUUUUCUCCAUUGAGCCCUUUCCAGAUGAAAAGAUGUCAUCUCAAACAGUCAGUUUAUCCAUAUUAUAACUGUUAAUUAUUUGUUCCUUGACUGUCAUUUAUCUUUGAUGUUUCUGGGUUAAAUAUACUCCGAUUUUCUUAUUUUUGACUGGCCACUGUUACUCUCAUCACUUUGUUAGACCAAAAUAAACAUUCCAUUUCUUAUGUUUCAA